UGCUGGUGGCAGCAGUGCGCCGCAGUGCUCUGCAGCAGUGCCGGGGGGUAUCCGUGACACGAGAGUCCACAGUAAACACAGAGAGCCGCUGCACAGAGAAACCAGCUGCUGAGCGACAACCCGAGCUGAACACGCACAGCUUUGUUGUUGUUCUAGUGAUGUCCUUGUCCCACCUGGCCUAGUGGGACUGUAGCUGCCCCUUCCCCUUAUCCUGUCGCUGUUCCCCCCUGAAGACCUCCACCAACUCCACCUCCUUUCUCGUCCUCCACCUCCUCUUCCUCCCUCCAGCCGCCCCCUGUGAUGCCUCCCUUGUGCUGUGGCUACCUGUCACAGUACACCAAUCAUCACCUGGUUGCCUUCCUCCUCACCUUCUUUAGCUAUGUGUUGCUGCAUGCAUCACGGAAGACAUUCAGCAAUGUGAAAGUGAGCAUCUCGGCCCAGUGGACGCCGUCCAUCCAGAAUGUCAAUGGGUCCACUUUCUCCCCUACCGAGACAUGGGAGGACAAUCGUCUGUUUGCAGAUGAAAAGCAGGCCACUCUCUUCCUGGGAGCUCUGGACUCCAUCUUUCUCUUUUCAUAUGCCGUGGGUCUGUAUUUGAGCGGUCUGAUUGGAGACAGAGUAAACCUGCGCUAUGUGCUCUGCUUCGGCCUGUGUGGCUCUGCUGCAGUGGAGUUUGUGUUUGGCACUCUGACAGAAUGGCUCCACAUCUACAACAUCUACCUGUACUGUGGCCUGUGGGUCCUGAACGGGCUGCUGCAGUCGGCCGUCUGGCCGUGUGUGGUGGCCGUCAUGGGCAACUGGUUCGGCAAGACGGGGCGAGGCUUUGUGUUUGGUCUGUGGAGUGCUUGUGCCUCUGUAGGCAACAUCCUGGGGGCUUUCUUAGCUUCUAGUGUGCUCAAGUAUGGAUACGAGUACGCCUUCCUGGUGACAUCAGUGGUGCAGUUUGCUGGCGGGGUGGUUGUGUUCUUCGGUCUGACCUCCCUUGACUAUGUGUUUCUGUGUGUGUCAGGUUUAAGUAUGGAAUCCGAGACUGGCCUCAGCCCGGUGGAGACAGACACUGACAGCCACAAGCCUCUGAUGAGCGAUGAGGAGGAUGAGGUGGAGGUCUAUGGUGCACGACACCAGCCGGCUCAGCAGCUGGAUGAGCCCCCGGAAGAGUCCCUUCAAGCUAUUGGCUUCUUCCAGGCCUUCUGUCUCCCGGGAGUUUUACCUUAUUCGUUGUCUUAUGCGUGUCUGAAGCUGGUCAACUACUCCUUCUUCUUCUGGCUCCCUUUCUACCUGAGCAGCAAUUACGGCUGGAAGGAGGCCGAGGCCGACCGCUUGUCUGUGUGGUACGAUGUCGGAGGAAUCAUCGGAGGAACAGUUCAGGGUCUGAUCUCUGACUGCAUGGGUAAGAGAGCCCCGGUGUUGGCGUUGAGUCUGGCAGUGGCGAUGGGAGCCCUGGUGGGAUACAGCCGUUCACCUAACGACCAGGUGAUAAACGCUGCGCUGUUGGCCGUCACCGGCUUCUUCAUUGGCGGCCCAUCCAACAUCAUCAGCUCGGCCAUUUCUGCUGACCUGGGGAGACAGGAGGCUCUGAGGGGCAGUCAGCAGGCUCUGGCUACUGUUACUGGUAUAGUGGAUGGAACUGGAAGUAUGGGAGCUGCAGGGGGACAGUACCUGGUGUCCCUGAUCGAGAGCAAGCUGGGCUGGAUGUAUGUGUUCUACUUCUUUGUCGUCAUGACAGGGGGCAGCAUUGUGUUCAUCACUCCCUUGCUCCUCAACGAACUGCGAGCCAUGUGGAGGGACAGACGAGCGGUGCAACACCAGCUGUGAAAACCUCAGUGUCUUCCAUCCGUAACGUUUCGACCAUUGACGCCGACGGCCUGCUCAGAAACGGUUCUGUUUAGGUGAGUUGUGAGUUGUUUCUCACAGUGGUGAACGUGACUGAGAUUCACACCCACAACCACCAGCGCACCGUGUAUGUGUGUGCACGUGUGUGUGUGUGUUUGUGCACAUGUGUGAGUGUGAGCAGGCCGAGCGUCUUUGAGCACAACACUUGGUUUUUUCCACUCUGUAGAAAACAAAAAUGUAAAUGUACAAAGUGUCCAGCUGAACUAAGCUUUAAAAGGGAACUGACUGUCUGUGGCUUCAGGCUUUGCGGAGCCGUCACAGAAUGUACUUGUGUAUAUAUUUAAUGGUUGAAAUGGAUUUAAAUAUUUAUAAUGUACAUGCGAUGAAGUAAUUUGAAUUUUAAACCACAAGUUCUUAAUUUAAAAACGAGACCCUUCAAGACAAGUUUAGGGUCCGUACCGCUUAAAGAAUGUGAAUAAUAUUUGUAAUGUAGACAUUUAUUGUCAAAUUUUGUAGAUAUGUAUGAUAUUUUGUUUUUAGUUGAAAUAAUGAACAUUGCACUCUCAAGAUUCUCACGGAGACGAGAUGGAGUCUUAAAGGUUUUAGUGAACCACUUUUAUCUGGGUUUUUUAGAAAUGUUCGCCACAGAUAUUUGAUUUCUCCUGUGUACAGUUUUGUUUUAUCGGGGUAAAUAAUGAUACUUUCAAGAUUUGUCACUACAGGGACAGGUUCUCAAAUGUCACUUGUUUCAGUCACUAUUUUGAUGUAUCAUAAUAAAUCAUUUUAAACUCGCUGGUCAAUAUUUCUCUCACACACACACAGUAACAGACACACACUCUGCUCUGCACUCAAUCUACCACUGUUUUCUUAAAGGGAUAGUUCACCCAAAAAUGAAAAUGCACCUAUUGGUUACACUGCCCCUCAUUAUUUCCAGUGGUACUGCUCCAUUUCUUCUGUUUCGUCCAAAUCUGUAAGAGUUCAGAAGAUGUGCACAAAUAAGGACGAAAUGAGCACAGUGUACGGACAGAAGGCUCUGUCUAAUUCCGUCUAACACAUAUCUAACUUUGAGCUUCAAUGAGCCUUUACACUUGUCCUUUACAUCUGUUGCUUUGUUUGGGGUUGUUGCUGUAAAUCGUUCUGGACUUUAAUCAGUUGAUGGUGAAAAACUUGUCUUAUUGUGUCAUAUUUACUGAUACACUGGGUGAGAAAAUGAUUUUACAACAGCAGCUGUUUGAUCAUUUACAUGUGGAUGUUUGUCUCCAUUACUUGGAUACUUCUUACUCACUGGAAGGAUGAUUCCUUUAUUCAAAUCAGUAAAAGACACCAACAUCUUCCACCCACUAUGGUCAUUAGACACAACAGGUAGCUUUGCACCUAUGCGUGCAGAUACAUGGAUCAUCAUCUUGACUGUUUUUAAGAGUGAUAAGAGUAUGUAAGAUGAUCUGAUACAAGUUCCUGAUGCCAAACUUUCUAAAUGCUCUUAAUGCAAAGGAGCAUCAAAUGAGACUUGAACCUCUAGUGUCUCUGAACUUGAACUUUAAAUGUCAUAGAAUGUACCUUUAAAUGUGUCUGUGGUGUAUAUUUUUGUUCCUUCUAUUUUUAAUCUAUGUUUACUUUUCAAGUUUAAACCAAUGUAAAUGCAACGGUUGUAAAUAAACGCAAAUUACAUUUUGCAAUUGAUGAACA